AUGGAGCAGGCGGACUUCCGGGGGAUCAGUCCCUGGGCGCGAGGGUGCAGGGACCAGGCUGGUUCAGAUCCUCCAGGGACAGGCCAAGGAAUUUUAGGAACCAAGCGUCGUCUCAAAAAAUUAUGUACAAGGCACAGAAUGCCGAGAGCGCGCAUGCCGACUGCUGUCACUCCCUCGCGCGUCGCGGGCUGCAAAAGUCAAAUUCAUAUCGGACAUUCGGCUCUGACCCAACCCUGA